AUGGGCGCGAAUUCGACUCCGACGGACUCAACCCUCGAUCUCGAUGAACAGAUCUCGCAACUCAUGCAGUGCAAGCCUCUCUCCGAGCAACAGGUGAGAGCAUUAUGUGAGAAAGCUAAGGAGAUCUUGAUGGAUGAAAGCAACGUUCAGCCUGUCAAGAGCCCUGUGACAAUCUGCGGUGAUAUUCAUGGACAGUUCCAUGAUCUUGCAGAGCUUUUCCGUAUAGGGGGAAAGUGCCCUGAUACCAACUAUCUGUUCAUGGGAGACUAUGUCGACCGUGGUUAUUAUUCUGUUGAAACUGUUACGCUGUUAGUUGGCUUGAAAGUACGGUAUCCUCAGCGAAUCACUAUUCUUAGAGGAAACCACGAAAGUCGUCAGAUUACUCAGGUUUAUGGAUUUUAUGAUGAAUGUCUGCGAAAGUAUGGCAAUGCGAACGUUUGGAAAAUAUUUACAGACCUCUUUGACUAUUUCCCACUGACAGCUUUGGUGGAGUCCGAAAUAUUCUGCCUUCACGGUGGAUUGUCACCGUCUAUCGAGACCCUUGACAACAUUAGGAACUUUGAUCGAGUUCAAGAAGUUCCGCAUGAAGGGCCUAUGUGUGACUUAUUAUGGUCUGAUCCUGAUGACAGAUGUGGUUGGGGAAUCUCUCCCCGUGGUGCCGGAUACACAUUUGGCCAGGACAUCUCCGAACAAUUCAACCACACUAAUAACUUAAAGCUGAUCGCUCGAGCGCAUCAGCUGGUUAUGGAUGGAUUCAACUGGGCACACGAGCAAAAGGUGGUUACUAUUUUCAGUGCACCAAACUAUUGCUAUCGGUGUGGAAACAUGGCCUCCAUUCUUGAGGUUGAUGACUGCAGGAACCACACCUUCAUUCAGUUUGAACCAGCCCCGAGGAGAGGAGAACCUGAUGUGACCCGAAGGACACCCGACUACUUCCUAUAA